AAAAAAAAACAUUAUAGUAACAUAAAACAGUCCUCCAUUAAAUUCAAUGGAUUACGCUAAAACACAAUAUUGUAAUGGAGAUCCGGAUUCGAUUCUGCAAUGAAUAAUGGGUUCCCCCAAGCCCAUAAAAAAAAACCCGCUUGAUAUUUGGUAAUCGACACUUGCCCUGAUUUCCCUGCUCCGGCCCCCAAAUCUGCUGUUGAUUGAUGAAUUGAUAGGGAAGGGAAGGGAAGGCGGGAUUUUUUAAAAAGCAUAUUUAUUUACCGCAUUCACUCUUCCCACCCACAGUUUCAAAACCAUUCAUUCUCACUCCUCAAAUCCAGCGGCCAAAAAAAUUGAAUUUUUUUAGAGAAUAUUUGUUGUUCUCGAUUUUUGCCGAAUUUCACUCUGUUGACUGUGAAAAAUUGCUGUAAUAUUCCAAUUAAGUAGGCGGGCUGAAGCCUGAAGGUGGGAGCUAUGGAGGGAUCGAACGAGCAGGAUGUUAAGCUCGAGAUCUGCUUGAAUUUGGAUACAAGGCUCGAACUGUACCGGCCGGAGGAAAAGGAGAAGUCGCCGGAGCUGACUCGACCAGAAGAAGCCGUUAGUUUUACUGAUGGGAAAGGGAAUGCGGGUUCAGCGGGAUGUGAAAUGAAAAUGAACGGCGCUUCCGAGGUUGAAAAUAUGGUAAAGCCGGAGAAUAUAAAAGAUGCCUCUCCGCCGGAGCAGAAGCCUCGCCGGAAAAGAGGAAGACCCCCGAAGAAGAAUAUUAGUAGCGAGACAGUUUUUGCGUCAGAUAAGGGGAAUUUAGAGGGAAAGAUGGAAAAGCAGCAGAAUCGUCCUCGGAAAAGAGGAAGACCACCGAAGAAUCGAGCUGAGAUUGAUGAAAGUUUGGAUGGCAAAAUUCUGGGUAAGAGGCAAUGUAAAGAUCAAAUGGAACAAAACGGGGAAGACAUUUGUACUCAUGUGGAGAAGCCUCGUCGUAAAAGAGGAAGGCCGCCAAAAAGUAAGAAUGAAGCUGAUUGUGCCGGGAAAAGUUCGGAGCCUGGAAAAGAAGGGGUCGAAAAUGGGGCUCCUGUGAAGAACAAAAAGCCAGGUAGGAGGGGUCGGAAACCAAAUCCAAACAGAAUUCAAAACCAGAGCCUUGGUAAAGAUGAGGGACUGGCUUUGGAGACUGAAAACCCUGCUGAGAAUGAUAAUAAAAGACGAGUUAAAAGGCAGGGUAGAUGUCAACAAGGAGGAGGGGAUGGAGAAGAGGAGCAAGGGAAGGAAAAAGUGUGUAAUGAACUUGAACGGAACACUUGCCACCAGUGCAAGAGAAAUGACAAGGGAAGGGUGGUUCGUUGCACCAGUUGUAAUGCAAAGAGAUACUGUUUACUUUGCAUCACCAGAUGGUAUCCCGGUGUGCCAGAGGAGGCUUUUGCAGAAAAAUGCCCCGUAUGUCUCCAAAACUGCAAUUGCAAAGCGUGCUUGCGAUUGGAUGGGUCUAUAAGGGCAAUGAAGAAAUUAAAAUUUGAAGUCAGCUCAGAGGAGAAGGUUCAGUACUCUAAAUAUAUAUCGCGACUGCUUCUGCCUUUCUUGAGACAAUUCAAUGCAGAACAAAUGACGGAGAGAGAGGUUGAAGCUAAGAUUCGAGGAGUAAUCCCUUCAGAGUUACAUCUACAAGAAGCAAAUUGCCAGAAGAAUGAGCGGAUGUAUUGCAACAACUGCAGAACAUCCAUUUUCGAUUUUCACCGAAGCUGUUCAAAGUGUUCCUAUGACCUUUGUCUUACGUGUUGCCAAGAGCUAAGGAAUGGCGACCUAAAGGGGAGUGAAAAAGAAGUUGCCGUGGAAUACAUUGACAAUGGGCUAGACUACUUGCAUGGCGAAACUAACAGUGGAACCGCUAUGAAAGGAAGCUCCAAGAGACGUGUCGACUUUAAGGUCAUUGAAGACGUUGAGUUAAAAUCUGAAUCGAAACCCAUCGAUACUGAAGAAAAACUUUUUCUCCCGAAGCCUGCUGGCGAUUGCUGUCUUCAAUGGAGUUCUGGAGAAAAUGGCGACAUUCCUUGUCCACCAGGUAAUAGGGGCGGUUGCAAUGAGGGAAGCUUAGUAUUAAAGCACUUGUUGGGGGAGAAUUACAUUUCAGAAUUGCUAGCAAAAGCAGAAGAGAUAGCAAAGACAUGCAAGUUGGACGAAUUUUCUGGAGAUUCUCAGCAGACUUGUUCUUGUUUGAAAUCAGUUAACAAGAAUGACCUUCGUAACGUGUUAUGCAAGGCAGCUUCUAGGAAGGAUUCUGACGACAAUUAUUUAUACUUCCCUAAAGCUAAAGAUAUUCAGCACGAGGAUCUGAAGCAUUUCCAAUGGCAUUGGCGUAAAGGAGAACCUGUAAUUGUUGGUAAUGUCCUGGAAACUACCUCGGGAUUGAGUUGGGAGCCCCGGGUUAUGCAGCGCGCCUUCCGCCAGAAAAGAAGUCAAAACCAUUCGUUUCUUUUAGAUGUGAUUGCUGUCAACUGCUUGGAUUGGUGUGAGGUUCAAAUUAAUAUCUCCAAGUUUUUUAAGGGAUACAUGGACUGUCAAUUUGACAGAUACGGGUGGCCUCAAAUUCUCAAGCUGAAAGACUGGCCUCCAUCCAAUUUAUUUCAUGAGCGGUUGCCUCGUCAUGCUGCUGAGUUUGAAAACUGCCUUCCUUUCAAGGCGUACACGAGUUUUAAAAAUGGCUACUUAAAUCUUGCUGUGAAGUUGCCAGAGGAUUCCUUGAAACCGGAUAUGGGACCAAAGACAUAUAUUGCUUAUGGAGUCCAUCAAGAACUAGGCCGUGGUGACUCUGUAACCAAGCUGCAUUGUGAUAUGUCUGAUGCGGUGAAUGUCUUGACACAUGCUCAAGGAACAGAAUUAACACCGGAACACCUUUCAACUAUAGAAGAGUUGAAAAAGCAGCAUGCUGCCCAGGAUCAAAAGGAACUGGAGAUGGUUGAUCAGCAGGAGGAAAAAUGUGAAAGUGGAUUUGAUGCAUUGAAUGAUGAAUACCCUCGUCACGGUUUGGUGACGAAAGCAAAGUCCGAUGAUCAAGGAGAUGAGAAAUCUGGCGCCUCGAUGCAGGGUAGUACUGAUGGGGUAUUGACCAAUAUGCAGAAUAUGGCCUGCACUCCUGAAACGGGUGCAAAUGGUGAAGGGGCGGGAUGUGGAAGUAUGAACCUUAACUGCGAUAUGCAAUUAAGUGAUGACUCUCAAGUAUUAGAACACAGCAAUGGUGGCGCUCUCUGGGAUAUCUUUAGGAGGGAAGAUGUUCCUAAGUUGGAAAAAUAUCUCAGGAAACACUUCAAGGAGUUCAGGCAUAUUCAUUGUUACCCUGUGCCACAGGUUGUUCACCCCAUACACGAUCAAGCUUUUUACUUGACCGUUGAGCAUAAAAAGAGGCUUAAGGAAGAAUACGGGAUUGAACCAUGGACGUUCAUUCAAAAAUUAGGAGAUGCUGUUUUCAUACCAGCGGGCUGCCCUCAUCAAGUUAGAAAUUUAAAGUCGUGCUUAAAAGUUGCUGUUGACUUCGUUUCUCCUGAAAAUAUUCACGAGUGCAUGAGACUGACUGAGGAGUUCCGAACUCUUCCUCAAAAUCACAGGGCCAAGGAAGAUAAACUGGAGGUUAAGAAAAUGAUCAUUUGUGCAGUGAAGGAGGCACUGAAGGAUAUUGAGAAAUUAACUUUGGAAUGAAGGGACGGAAACAAGUUGACUCCUCAAACCAACUGCAGAUUAUUAUGAGAGAUGUGCUGUGUAUAUAUAGCUGUCUAACAUGUCAUCUGUUUUUACCCACUGUUAUCAUUUCCUCCGUUUUUGAUUUGUCGAAGAUUGGAGAAAGAGUGUUUAAUUUCCUGCUUGACAUGUUACCCUGAUCUAUGAACUUAUGAUCUUACGAAUCUAAUUCGAAUUCCACAUUUAUUUCCAUUACCAUUUCUA